AUGCCAAAUGCUUUGCUAGGCAUGCGUGACAUUUUUAUGCUUUCCGAACGGUCAACUCCACUACCACCACCAGCAGACCAACGUCACUUUGAGCCCAACUUCACUCAUGUCAAUCUUGCAACGCCACAUGGCCGGCUGAAAGUCCAUUAUCCCACGAUUCUGACCCAACAGGUCUUUCAGAACACACAAAUGUGGAUGGACGUCUACCAGAACUGCGGCUACAGCUUUCAGGUGGAGGCGUUUGUCGACCGGGCUGGCCAGAUCCCCACAGUGAUCAAGUAUGGGACUUUCGCCACUCUGGAUCAGGCCAACCGGGUGGUCCUCCAGGUCUUUUCAGAAGACAGCAAGUCGCUCAUGGCCGAGCGAUAUGAGAAGAUGGUCUUUCGAGAAACGAACGAAGUACCUACUAGUGGCCAUUGGACAGGGUAUUGUUUCGGGGUCUACCAUCCUGUUCUCCGGCUGUGGGCAAAGCAGGAGCAGCUAUAG